AUGCCCAAAAACAAAAAAUUAAAUAAAAAAUCAGCCUUAUCAGGCAAAGAUGAUCUUCUUCUUGACCUUGCCAAAAAUCCAAUAUUUAAUGAAAUGCCCAUCAAGAAAAAUAAAAUCAAAAUUGACAAGCGUUUUGAGGCCAUGCUUACUGACAAACGCUUUGAUGAUCGGGAUUUUCGAGUGGAUAAAAGAGGAAAACCAAUUAGAGGACAAGGAGGGAACUUUGCGAAGAGAAUAUAUGAAAUGAGUGAAGGGAGCGAGGAAAGUGAUAAAAAUGGAAGUGAAGUUGACGAUGAGGAAGAAGAGGAAAAUGAUAAUGAAGAUACCGAGGAGGUGGAAGAGGGCAAUGUUAGGAGUAACGAGGAAAACACUAGCGCUGAGGAGGAAACCGAUCAAGAAGAGAAGGAUGACGACGAAGAUGACGAAUCUAGCGACGACGAUGAAUUGCCUCAAAUUUCAUUGGAUUUAGCUAGAGGUGAAGCACCGGACGUUAAUUCUAGUAGCAGUGAAGAUGAAGAAGAUAAAUCUGAGAUUUCUGACGAAGAAAAUACUGGGCCAGACUUGGAAGAGGGGGUUAGACGUGUGGAAUGGGCAAGUACUCGUCUGGCAAUUUGUAAUAUGGAUUGGAGCAAAAUAAGUGCCGAGGCCUUAAUGAUUGUCCUUCAAUCAUUAAAGCCGCCCUCCGGUGUAAUCCAUUCAGUAUCUGUUUAUUUGUCAGAUUUUGGAGCUGAGCGUUUAGAAUAUGAAAAAUUACAUGGACCAAAGAUUAUCGUGCAACCAUCAAAAGGAAAAGAUCAAAGCGAUUUGGAAGAGCGAACUCGUCAAGCAAUUCACGCUUACGAACUCGAUCGUCUUCGUUAUUAUUAUGCUGUUUGUCAUUGUGAUACUUUAGAAACAGCAAUCGCCAUUUAUGAGGCCUGUGAUGGUGUUGAAUAUGAAUCCAGUGGUGUCCGUUUUGACCUACGUUUUAUCCCAGAUGAAAUGGACUUUGAGGAAAACAGACUUCGUGACAGAAUAACUCAAGAAGAAAUUAAUUUGGCUAGAUUUAAACCAAAGAAUGUAAAAACCCAUCCACUACAAUGCUCAAAUCCAAAACUUAGCUGGGAAGAAGGAGAUUUGGAAAGAAAAAUGAAAAUGAAGAAUGCUUUUGGAGCUGAAACAAAAUUGGAAGAUUUUGAAUCUUUAGUCGCCCCUGGUUCAGAUGAAGAUGAAGAAACACAGAAAAAUCGUUAUCAAAUACUUAUAUCUGCUGCUAGAGAAUCAGCAAUGGAAAAAGGAGAUAUGUUUUCUGUUAAACAAUUUUCUAAUAAAGAAGAAAAGGAAGAAACUGAACUUUUGUCUGAUGACAAGUUUGUGUCAUUAAAUGAUAAAAAAGAUGGAAUUGUGGAAGAUUCUAAUGAGGAUUCUGAUGAAAAUGAAGAAAUAGAAGUUGGAAAAAAGAAACAAACAAAAUUUCAAAUUUAUUUGGAAAGAAAAAAGAAAAUUAAAGCAGAAAGAAAGAGAAAAGAAUUGGAACAAAGAAAGGAAAGAAAAAGACAAAAUAAAGGAGAAAAUGAGGAAGAUGAUGGAAACAAUGAGAAAAAUGACGAUAAUGCAAAUUGGCAUCAAGUAAAGAAAGAUGAAAGGUUUACAGCUCUCUUUCAUGAUAGUGCAUUUGCGAUAGAUAAAACACAUUCUCAAUAUAAAGGAGGGGAUUUAGCAAAUAGACAGGUUUACGGCAAAAUAUCUCAAAAAAGACGGACAGAAACAACUACAAAUGAUUCAUUACUUGAUAAGGAGGAUAAUAAUUCUUUGAUACAAAAAAAUAAAAAAAUGACCAGCACAAGUAGCACACCAGAAGAAGCAGGAAGCGAUGAUUCAUUUUAUGAUUCUGAUCUAGACGAAGAAUUCGCGGAUGCAGCAAAUCGUUCAGUUCAUGAUCCAAGCACACCUUUUGUUCCUGUCCAGGAAUCUCCUAGAGAGGAAAAGAAACUUGGCACAACUCUGUCUGGUAGAAGGUUAGGAUCUAUGGAUAGUGCAAAAGCAUCAAAAUCAGUUCUGGAAGAGUGUACAACAAUCCCAGAAGUUGAAUCAACCGAUGAAGAAACGGAGAAUAUCAACAAAAACAGUCAGGUUAAUUUAAAUCUGACGCCAAUGAGGAAAUUUUCUGCUGCCAACAAAUCACCAAACCCUUCAUUUAUUCGGGCUUCCUUUUUUUAUUGUGAAGCAAAGGAGGUAAAAUAUAAAUUUUUCUCAAUUAAAAAAAUAUUUUUAAAGAAGUUAAACAAAAAUAAGGAUGAUAGAGAAGAAACACCUCCAUUAAAAGAAACUUCUUGUGUUGUUGAGGACAAUAUAACGUGUGAAAGGAGUGAAAAUAAAGAGACUUGA